UUCUCACAGUCGUUUGUCAGCUGUAAGGAGACACAGCUGUAAGGUUGUGAACUUGAUUGGUAUCAACAAAUCCGUUUAUGUGGAGAAAUUUAUGCUCAGUUUUGUUUCGACAAUUUUAUAUAGAUAGAUUUCUAGGAAUUCAAGUAUCAACUAGUUUAAAAUUUUGAGAUUAACGUAACAACUCAAUUUCAACUCGAUGCUUUUGUGUAUUUCUCAUACUAAUAUUUUUUUAGUUUUAGGGUUUAAUAAGGCUGAUUGAGGCUCUCUGUGUUUUACACUGACAAAUAGUAAUGGGGUCGAAGAAGACUACCGAUCUCGAGGCUCUUGCUGAGCGGUUGCAGGAACAGGCUCUACCCUCGACUUGAAGCUUUUAGGUUCCUCCCAUAUGACAUGGAAAGAAAAGAAGGCUUUGCAAAAUGAAAGGGUAGUUUCUCUCAGUGGGAAGCCUGUUAAGAAGCAAAGAGUACCACUGAGUCUUGCAAGAGUCACAAUGAAGAAACAAAAGGAAAGACAACAGAAAACGCUACAAGAGGAUAUGGUUCUCGGUCGUUUUGGGGGGAACAAAUCAACUUCUAGUAAUAGAGACCCAGGGAAGCGAAAGGCGGAGGAUAGCGUACUGAGGUCAACUCAGAGACGGACCUAUGAGAGGGCUAACCGGAGCUUUAGCCCCGGUCGCCCUCCCGGUCCACAAGCCUAAUUUUUCCCAUGUUAGCCAAAUUUUUGGUUAAUCAUGUGUAUUAGCCCGAGUCCAAAUUUUUGAACGUGAAGCAUCUAUUGCACAAUAAUUCUUCAAGAAGCAUGAAAAAUCGGCCAAGUCGGCCACAAGCAUUGAAUUUUGGUACUGGUACUAGUGACAAAGGAAAGAAAAAGCAAGGUGGUGGAAAGAAGAAAGGAGGUAGGAAGCACGGCAAAAAGAGGCACUGAGGAUUUAUUUAUUUAUUUUUCUUUUUCAUUGGAUGUUUCGCGUGUACCUUAACAAAGUUUUGAUCUGCAACAACACGAUGUUUUUAGGUCUGAUGUUUUGUAAUCCCCGAAUUAUAUAUACAUGAUUUUAGGUCUCAA